AUGUCCUAUAGCCAGCCCAUCCCCCGCGACGGUGACGGUGGGAGCAGUGUCCUCGGCGGCGGCAACGGGAGGGGUUCCGCGCGGAGGAACAGCCUCGAGGAGGAACGGAUCCCGAGGAGCCGUAGCAGCAGUGAUAACGAGUACAGCACGGCAGAGGACUGGAAUGAUGACUACGGCGGGGGCCCUGAUAAUCUCCGAAAUCCGUAUUUCAGCCACAACCAGCAGCUCCGGUUUUAUCAGUCGUUAUCUUGUCCUGAUGAAACAGACCGGAAUCAUUAUCAUCGUCAGCAUCAUCCUCAACUAAGUCAUCAUCUACACCCAUCUUCAUACCACCAAUAUGGAGGAGGGGUAUUUCUCGGCAGCGUCAGGUUUAAUGACACGUCCUCAUCCCUGGGUUGGAGGACGUCCACUGGAGGUGGCAGUGGCACAUUCUCACCACCCAAAAUGUCAGCGGGAGUGGGAGUUGGGGCCGCGCUGCCGGAGUUCACGGGUGCUGGCGGAGACCAGGGUAUCUUCAAGUUGCCAUUGCGGGCACCGGUGCAUCCUGGACGGCCGCCAUCGCUGGAUCUUAGACCGCAUCCUCUCAGGGAGACACAGGCAGGGUCUUUCCUUCGGACCAUUGCUUGUACACCCACUCAACUCUGGGCUGGGCAAGAAUCUGGUGUUCGGUUCUGGAACUUCUCUGACUUAUACGAGGGACAGGAAGGAGAGGGAAGGAUCUUAGUGAGAGGGGAUGAGGAGUCUGCCCCAUUCCGCAUAUCCCACCAAACAUCUCCGACACUGUGCAUGGUUGUCGAUGCUGCCACGCAUUUGGUUUGGACAGGGCACAAGGAUGGCAAAAUCAGAUCGUGGAGGAUGGACCAGCCACGGCAUCAUACUUUUGCUUCUUUCGACUCAACUAUCCCCUCUACUACGAGCUCUGGAUCAUCCCAACAUAUUCGUUCCUUUAAAGAAGGCCUUGCAUGGCAGGCACACCGGUCUCCUGUUUUAUCAAUGAUCAUCACAUCAUAUGGUAAAAAAUAUUAUGAGCUUUGUCUCCAUUAUCUUUAUCCUUAUCUAGUACAUAAAGUUUUAGGAAAAAUCUGUAGGCUCUUUGAUAUUUUAUUUUUCUCAUGUAUACCGCAUUGGUUUUUCUCUCUAUUUGAAAUAAGGAUGGCUACAAGUUACUUGCCUUUCUGUUUUUUUGCGUGUAUGUUUUUUUCCACUGAUCAAAAUUGAGUGUUUUUAAGACAAAGAAAAACUGAAAUGUACAAUAGUUAAAACUCUUAACGUGGCAAAAAUGUAGCAUGAUGGUUAUGUGAUUGAAAGAGGACAGAAUACUAUUGACACCCCUGGAGUUUCUCUUUUCAUUUCUCCUUUCAUCUUGUCCCUGUAGUGCUUUGACCGGUAAAUAUGAAAGACUCGCUUAAAUUAUAUACACCAGUGUGAUGUUGCCGCAUUAUGAGACAUAGUGAUCUGCUUGUGAUGAGUUAUUGACCCUAUUUCACAGAAGCAUCGAUCGUUUCAGUGUUUCCUUGCAACAAGGGAUCUAUAAUUUUUCGUCUGGGUUUUGAUAUGUUGAACCUCUUUUUUAUUCAAAUUAAUCAUUUAUGUUACAAAGCUUCUGCAACAUUUUUUGUAUGCGUAAAUUAAAUAAAAAUAUGUUUUUUUGUUACACCAUGAUAUUUUUUUUUGUUGAGGUAAUUAUUAGCUUGCACCAUGAGGAAGGAUUGAUAAGGCAUCUAAGGGAGAUUUUCAAUCCAUUAAUCAAAGAGAGAGAUCUAUCUGGGAAGUUCUUAGGGUGGACCUGUUAAGUGGCAUUCAAUAGUGUCAUUGGGAUUGGGAAGUGAGAUUAUUUAUUUAUGGGAUGGUGCGGCAUUAACAUGCUUGGAAAAACACUAAUUGUAGGUGGUCAAUUUUACGAUCUGAAAGUUAUUAAGUUACCAGUAAGAGUGCAAAAAUCGCUUAGAGGGAAGGUGCUGGUAUUACGAUGAAAACCAAAGACUGAUUCGGACCUUGGGUACAAACGUGAGAAACAUGGGAUGGUUAUCACUGUUUUUUCUAACUAAGCCUUUCACUGCCAUUUUAGUGGCUUACAAGAAUCCUAUUUAGUGGAGAGCAAAAUAGAGAUUUAAAUUGGAAGCCUAUGAAAAUCCAUAUACUUAGGAAUAAGUGAGACGAAAAAGUGUUUGUAGCUUCCUUUCAAAUAGGAGGGAAAGUGCUGAUUUAUUGGAAAAUCACAGCUGAUGAUAUAAGUUUAAGAUCUGGAUGUUUACUAACUCGUGGAGUGUAUUAUUAUGCAAAAAGAUAUGCACUGCUGUUUAAAGACUCAGUUUUGGUGGCAUGAUCUUAAUCUAUUAUUAUUCCAUGGUUCAAGACUAAGAUAAAGCAUGCUUUAAAGCCUUUUCGCUCAUAGCUAGAAUGGGGAAGGACAGGAUAGACUCUUUGAAUGCUUUUGUGUUCUAUCUUUUGUGGUUUUCUUUUUCCUCCAGAAGUUCCUUUACUUCGAUUGUUUUCGUAUUUUCUUUUCUAUUCUUUCAUUACAUUAAGCUUUGCGCUAUAUUUUGAUUUUUGCCCUUAUUGGCAAUUUUUUUAUAGGAUUUGGGCUUCAUCAACUGAAGUCCUAUUGAACGUACAGUUCACGCUUGUGCUUUUGCUUUAACUCUCAGUGCACUUCUGGAAUCCUGUGUCUAAUGGAAGGGAAAAUGCUAACCAAUACACAAUAUUUUUGUAACCCCUGAACUUUAAAGGAUGUGAUGAACUGUCUGGGAAACUGGGGGAACAACCGAGAAAAGAAGGAAGGCCACCUGGAGGGAAUCUUUCUGGGCAUGUGUCGUCAGAACAUCUGGUCAGGGAUUUAUCGACAAUGUUAACAAUUUCCUAAAUAAUUAAUUGAAAUUCUGAUGAUUGCAAAUUCAUCAAAUCUUGUGUUCUGCCGAGGUCAUAUUUCUAUUAUUUGGAGAACGAAUUUCCGAUUUGGAGGGGAAUACUUGAACUACAAGUUAGAUCGGAAGAAAAUGAAUGAAAUAUCAAGGGGAUGCUUGUUGGGAUGCCUUGAGUGAGGUUCGCUGUCAUUCAUUGAAGUUAACGAGUUUUUUUACUCAAAGAUAGCUCGAACAGACAUUAUUCUGAAUAUCAAUUUUUCCCAGGGUUACAGUACAGUAGAAGUCCCACCAAGCAAACACAGAUAAGUGCGGCCCAUCUGGGUUUACUUGCAAUAUCCUUGCAUAAGGACCAAAACAGAAGAGCACUGAUCCUCAAUCCAAGAGCCAUCUUAAAUUCUUUAUGAUAUAGUCUGACAUGUUAACUGAUUUCCAGGAUGAUGGAAUCAUAGGACUUUGAGCUGAGGGUUCAAAGAAUGUUCUCAAUCUAGGGAUCAGUGCGAAUAAAAUUCUGUUUUCUUUGGUUGUUUAUUUUUAUUUUCGCUUGAGUGAAAAGGCCAAGGUGAAAUCAUAAAGAUAAUGAAUACCAAAGAAGGCCGAGUGUCAGACUUUUCUAUGACACUAUGGCAUCAAAAACCUUUUGAGGACACAGCGGAGAAUAUGCAUAGGAAUUUUUUAUUCCUUAAGUAGAAAUUAUGAUGCAUUAAAUUGUUUAACUGAUUAAGGGAUAGACAUAUGUCCUGAAUAUCAAUUUUUUUGGUGAAUCAUUCGAAAAUGAGUUGUUUAUUGAGGUCCUAAUUCUAAAUGUGGUAUAGCUUAUAUAUACUUAUGAAUGUUAGGGAAAUAAUCUAGAAAGAUAAGUUUCUUUUUCAAUUCUCAGAUUUCCUACUAGAGUUUUAAGUGUUACUGUUGAUCAAAGAAAACUUAAUUUGGUGAAAGGUAAGAUGAGUCACAUAGAUAUUGAAAGGGUGAGCAAUACAAGGUUUUCUUUUGGAAAUCAUCCAAUGCCAUCUUAUGCUGAUCUGUUUGUGAUUAUUUUCCUUGACCAACUAGAGAAAUGACUUAUUUUGACUGAGUUUUACCCUAGAAAUUUAUAUUACUCAUUCUCUUGUACGUGUCUUUUAAGCCAAGUUUCAAGUUUCGCACAAAGAAUGCCUACAGCUUCUAUUGAACAGUAAAAUGUUAUGACUUUGGUAUAUAAAUUGCAUUGCAAUUGUAUUUAGUCUAUGCUACAUAAAACUUUUACGUGCAUAAAUAUGUUCAAUACAUUUGUGGGCUUCUGUUGAGAAGUUUAUCAGUUACACUACAGGAUACAGAUUAGGACGUCUCUCUAUUUGUCCUCCGAAUUCCAAGCUGUCAUUUAUUUGUCAGAGAAGUUUUGAUCGUGCUGUGAUUAAAUAUUCUCCCAUUGAAAUGGAUCAUAUUCUGGAUAAUGGAGCCCUGUUAAAAAGUGGUUAAAAGGUAGCAUGGUAGGCCUGUGCAAGCCAUAAGUAAUUUGUUUUUCGAGUGAAUGACUACAAAGUCAACAGAUCAUCAUUGAUCCUGGCCAAGUGGGAAUAUCAUUAUUUUUCUUACUUAAAAGUAAGCUGUUCCGGCCAGAGACUCAUAUACAAACUAUCAAUGUUUUGUAUUUUAUACAAAGAUAUAGGAGACAUUACUGAUGUUAAAAUCCAAAAUGACUAGCGGAGAUUCGAUGUCUUAUUAUUGGAUUGAAUGUAACCUCUUUGGUAAUUGUCUCUGUGGUUUCAUUGAUUAGUGGGCAUUAUCUUAAUUUGUCUUUGUUAUCUUAUCAUUUAGUUGUAGAUUUUGAUAAUGAUGAGUAUUUACUCCUCUUUUCGGCCAAAGUCUUUCUUUCUGCCCAUCUUUUUGGUAACAUCUUGGUUGCCUUUUUAAUAAACGGAUAUGGUUUUCAAGUGGAUUUCAGCAUGAAACUAAGUGUGUGUUGUUUUAAAAUCCAGGUGAUCUGUGGUCAGGUUCGGAGGGCGGUGUUAUAAAGGCAUGGCCUUGGGAAGCCGUUGAAAAAUCUCUUUCUUUGCCAACAGAGGAAAGGCAUAUGGCUGCUUUGUUGCUUGAGAGGUCAUAUAUAGAUCUCAGGAGUAAUGUUACCGUUGGAGGUGUCUGUGCUCUGCCCGCUUCAGAUGUAAAAUACUUGUUAUCUGAUAACUUGAGGUCAAAAGUGUGGAGUGGUGGUUACUUAUCCUUUGCGCUAUGGUAUAUGUCUAUUUUACGUUCAAUUAUGUGUUUACUAGUUUCCUCUAAUUUCUUGGGUUAUAUUUUGAAUGUUAUGCAUUCUUACGUUAUUAUAUUUUAAUUUUGAUGAGCUAUUACUCAGGGAUUCACGUACAAAGGAACUUCUGAAAGUAUUUGGCAUUGAUGGCCAGGUGGACACUCGCCUGGAUAUUUCACCAGUCAAUGAUGCAUAUAUAGAAGAUGAGAUGAAAAUGAAAUUUGCUGCAACAUCGAAAAAGGAAAAAUCUCAGGGUUCUGUUAGUUUUUUCCAGCGCUCACGUAAUGCACUUAUGGGAGCUGCUGAUGCUGUUCGUAGAGUUGCUGUUAAGAGUGCUUUUGGUGAUGAUAACCGGAGGGCUGAAUCACUUGCAAUAUCCAUGGAUGGUAUGAUUUGGAUGGGAUGUGCGAAUGGUUUGCUUGUUCAAUGGGAUGGAAAUGGCAAUCGAUUGCAGGAGUUUAAUCAUAAUUCCUCCUCUGUUCUUUGCCUUUGCACGUUUGGUACACGGCUAUGGGCUGGGUAUGCUAAUGGUUCUAUGCAAGUUAUGGAUUUGGAAGGAAAUCGUUUCGGUUCUUGGGUUGCUCACAGCAGCCCAGUUAUAAAGAUGACCGUUGGGAAUGGUUUUGUGUUUACAUUGGCUAACCAUGGUGGCAUUCGUGGAUGGAAUUUGACAUCUCCAGGGCCUCUUGACAAGAUCUUGCUUACAGAGUUGACUAAUAGACAGAUUUUGUAUACAAAAAAAGAAAAUAUUAAAAUAUUGGCUGGAACUUGGAAUGUAGGUCAAGAAAGGGCAUCUCAUGAUUCACUCAUAGUGUGGCUUGGCAGUGCAGCAUCAGAGGUAGGCUUGGUUGUUGUUGGUUUGCAAGAAGUUGAGAUGGGGGCUGGCUUUCUCGCGAUGGCUGCUGCAAAAGAAACUGUAAGAGUCCGUUAGCAGCUUUAUAUUUUUAUCUGCUUUACAUUUUUCUAAAGAGUGUAGAAAGCAUGUUAACCUUGGAAUGGUGUUCUCAAUGGCUUUAUUGUGCAUUCUUUAUCUUUUUUAGAAAAAAUUAUCUGAUGCUUUGAGUUGUGAUGAAAAAAAGUUAUCGUCUUUGAUGGUUACCUCUUUACUUUUGCUAAACUAUCAUGCGGUAAUUUUUCUACCAUUAAUUAUCGAUGUAUACAUGUUUGGGUUUUGAUCUAAAUAUCUGAUGUGUGUAUUUUUAAACUGCUUCAAGCCUGUCAACAUUGCAUAAAGUUGGAAGGUCUGAAAAGUUCUAUAGCUUGUUAUCCAAAUUUUCAUCAUUUUCAGGCAUGGUCUGAUUAAUUUGCUUCGGUAUCUUCGUCAGUAGAUGAAGAUAUGUUUACGUGCACGAAUGUCCCUCGCUUGUUUAGUCGUUUCCUCUGUAUGCACCAUAUUAUAGCAUCUGUGUAUGCCGACAUUUGCAUCUUCAUUUCUCAAUGAAUACAGUAUACAUUCAACAUGUAGGUUUUCGUGACUGUUAAGCAGGUGUUUUUUUCUGUUCAGAUUUAACCCAACAAUAAGAUUUUAAUCUGGAAUUACCUCAGUAUAUGGAAAAUUUAUAUUCUAUAUGAUUAUUUUCAGAGUUUAAUGCAGUAUGUUUUUCUGUCAUGGCUCUCUUAUAGAUUACAUUAAAUGCGUAAUUAUUUUUCGUUUAUAUUGUAGUUACUUCUGGGCUAAAGCUAAAAGUUAGGUCGUGAAUUUGUUAUUUGCUUUGGGUGCCUUUGUCUACUGACCAUUAUCAUUAUUUAUAAAAUCAUGUGAUGUAACCUUGAAAAUAACUCUAUCUGUAAUGGUCUUGAUGACUGCUUACUCUUACCUGAUUCCAGGACCUUCUAAAUUUUGUAUGGCCUGGAUUCGCUCUUCUUUUUUUAGAAAGACAUUAUUUGUAUGCACUUGUUUUGCAAAUAAUUUACUUAUAUUGUUACCUUGAAUGGGAAUCUUGAUGAUCCAAGAAACUGUGAUAGAGUGUUUCGGUAAUUUGGAUAUGUAGGUAAUGACAUACGAUUUAUUUGUCCAAAGUUUAUUUGAUUUAUGAAUGUUUUGGAAUAAUAUAUUUUUUUCCGUAUAAAAUAGACACAUUGGCUUUUUUGUUCCAUAUUUUCUCAGACUACAUUUUUUCGUGAUUACUUUGGCAUUUUUUUUUUUUUUGUGUCCAAUUUCAGAUGCAAUUUUUUGUGUCUAUCGUUGUUCUUUGUCAGUGAUAUUUUUCUGAUUAGUACGUUGGGUCCAUCCCUUGAAGUCAUGACAUUUUUAGUCGUUUUCCAUAUUGAUCGUAGGUAGGACUGGAAGGGAGUGCUAAUGGGCAGUGGUGGUUGGAUACUAUAGGGAAGACAUUGGAUGAAGGAACAAGUUUCGAACGAGUUGGGUCACGACAACUUGCCGGGCUGCUUAUUGCCAUAUGGUAAACAAUCAUCCUGAAGUAUUAUUUAUUCAGUUGGACUCAGUUUAUGGAGAAUUUUGGUUCUGUCUGAGCACAUUUCAAGACCGUGAUGCACUAAUACUUUUCCUGGUCAAAAAAUUACCCUUGCUUCACUUUUCUCUUUCUUCACAGGGCUAGGAAGAAUCUUCGGGCGUACAUUGGUGAUAUUGAUGCUGCUGCUGUACCUUGUGGUUUUGGGCGUGCAAUUGGAAACAAGGUGAGUGCCAUUUUUUUUAGGUCUUAUCCUGCAGAUAAAGACAGUACUUUGAAGGUUGUCAGAUCCCUGUUGUAUCAAAUGAAAUUUGAGAUGAAAGAAAUUUCUAUGUAUUGCACCAGUUACACUAUCGAUACUUGCUUGUAGAAUCAGCAAGUUGUCAUGUCCUAAACAUUUUUGUCGAGACUUCUCAGGACCUUUAGUGAUUGGUAACGACCAUUUUAUUGUAUGACUAUGCAAUACUUAUGAUCGAAUUAUUAAUGCGCCAAUAAAUCAAGGAAUGAAAAGUAAUCAGCAAAAAUCUGUCCACAAACAACUUAUCCGGGUGAUAAUUUGAUGGUACUCCUUUUGCAAAUGAAUGUCAAGCUUAGGAACACCAACGAUCUGCUCAAUAUUCUAUCCGUAAAUAGCAAAAACAUAUAGUUGAAUCAUGCUAACUCGAGCUUACUCGGCGUUUAUUCAAUGGAAUUUAUGGAAAUAGCACCUUUGAAAACAAUGGACAACCUUCAAAACACUUGGUACAGCCAUUUGGAUGAUCCCAUUGCAUAUGACUGUUUGGUAACUUGGACUAGAGUUUCAUAGUUUUUUCUCACACAUCAUCCUUUUCCAUUUUUUUUGAGGAUUGAUGUCCACCGUGGUCUGUAGAUUAUGACUUUAAAUCACUGAUUCCUGUUGAAACGGCAAAAUUGAGGGCCUUUUAUAUUUCGGUUGCAGAAGUAUAAAUUUUAUCCCUCAUUGAACUUAAAAAAGAAAGACUAUAAUAAUUCCAAACCAAUUGGUUAUAUGCUAAAAUUAUUUGAAUCAUUGAGAAAUAAUCUAAUUUCUAUGAAAAAUUGCAGAUGGCCAGAAAUAAGAAGCAACGGGUAGAAAAAAGAGGGUCAACAAAAAUUAGAGAAAUGCACUAGAAACUAAGUAAAAUCACUUUUCCAUUUUGAGUGUUAGAUCUGGAUCACAUACAGGAUUCGUAUUUCCCAUUGAUUUGUCUCCAUUGUGCACUUUGCUUUAGUUAGGCUUAGCUUUUUCCUGAUCAGUUGGAGCUAUGGUUACUUGGGCUACGAGCAAACUCUAUUAUAUGUAAUUGAGUAUUUUGAAUGGAUUAUCAGUGAUUUUGAAUUUAACUCAGCUCAAUAAUUCACAGCCCGCCCUGAUCUUUCCCUUUGAUUCGCUUGGAUAGUGACUCGUUAGAGUGUCUUAAAAGACGCUUUAUUUCAAUGGAUUAGCAAUCGUGGUGACUAUACCCCUAUUUUUGUCCUUCCUUGAUUUCAUUUACUCGGUAUAGAUUAACUGAAAUAACAUUCUCAGGUCAACGCUUGAUUUUCACAGUAAACAUGCUUAUUUAUCCUUAUUUUUUCGCUAAAUGGCAUAUUCCAUCAUGGUACCAGCAAUGUUAAAGCCUUUUGUUUCCAUUUUUCUCUUGCAGAAACUGUCUAAUUUACAUUAGUGUACUAGAUGGGGUAUUGGGAAAUUUUGGGUGACGUAUUUUAUCCACUUUCUUUACUUUAAUGUCACCAUGAGACCGAGAUUUUUGCGGAAUUCGCCAUUCCUUCUGUCUAUGAACUUAUGGAUUACAGAUCUUUUAUUAUAAAUAAUUUAGGAGUCGAAUUUUUUCAACAGGGGGCCGUAGGAUUGAGAAUAAGAAUCUAUGACAGGAUAAUGUGCUUUGUGAACUGUCACUUUGCGGCACAUUUAGAGGCAGUCAAUCGAAGAAAUGCCGACUUUGAUCAUGUUUACCGGACCAUGACUUUCAGCCGACAAUCACAGGGACUGAAUGCUGCUAAUGGUAUGGUACUAUGCCUGCGUUGGUUUUCUUCUCUCAUUAUAUGCAUCCAACUGUGCUCUCUGAUAUAUGCGUGUGGAAAGCAAUGCAUACAUGUGGGAGGAUAUUGCUCUACACGUGCAAGUACCGAAUGUGCAAAUGUGUUUAGCCUGGUGGUUUAUUUGGUUUUCUUGAUCCUGUUUGGUGCAGCUGGCGCUUCAUCUGCUCUUCAAUUGUUUCGUGGACCAAAUGUACGUAAAACAUUUUUCAUACUAAAGUGACUCAUUUGACUUCACUUUCAUAUAGUGUCUCUUUUCUCUCCGACUGAGGGCCCUUGGCAUUUCAGACUGAUGAUGGGAGACCUGAGCUAUCUGAAGCAGACAUGGUUAUAUUUCUUGGUGAUUUUAACUAUCGGCUCCAUGGCAUAUCUUAUGAUGAAGCAAGAGACUUUGUUUCUCAACGAUGUUUUGACUGGCUUCGGGAAAAGGAUCAGCUGAGAGCUGAAAUGAAACUGGGGAAAGUAUUUCAAGGGAUCCGUGAAGGGCAUAUAAAAUUCCCUCCUACAUAUAAAUUUGAGAGGCAUCAAGCUGGCUUGUCAGGUAUUUUUCUGAAGGAUGUUCCCAACAUAAUACAUAUUUCACGUUGCUGAACUAGGUGUUGCCUCUACCAGUUACUGUCGGAAAUUCAGAAAUUACUUGCUUACAACAUCAAUGCAAUUAUGAAAUUUUCAUAGUUUGGAUUUGAUUGGUUCCUUCGCAGGGUAUGAUUCCAGUGAGAAGAAAAGGAUUCCUGCCUGGUGCGACAGGAUACUGUACCGUGAUAGCCGUUCCGUUUCAUCCUCUGAAUGCUCUUUAGAAUGUCCAGUUGUUUCUUCGAUUUGUCAGUGAGUGUUCUCAAAUUCCUAUUUCUUUGUUCUCUAUAAGAGUUGCUUGUUUGAUGACUAAUCGGCACUGUUCUAAAUUCUUAUCAGAUACGAUGCGUGCAUGGAUGUUACUGACAGUGAUCACAAGCCUGUCCGGUGCAUAUUCAACGUUGAUAUUGCCCGCGCUGAUGAAUUGACAAGAAGGCAAGAAUUUGGGGAAAUAAUGAUGUCAAAUGAGAAAAUUACCUCCUUGCUUGAAGAAGUAUGCACCGUUCCCGAAACAAUUGUGAGCACCAAUAGCAUAAUCUUACAAAAUCAGGAUGUCACCAUUCUAAGAAUCACAAAUAUAAGUGAGACGGAAAAAGCGAUGUUCGAAAUAGCUUGCGAGAGGCAGUCAGCAAUCAUGGAAGAUGGGUUCGCAACAGAUCACUCUGCAAGAGGCGCCUUUGGCUUUCCUCAGUGGCUAGAGGUAUUUUUCAGACCCCAUGAUGAAUAAUAAUUUUUUUUCUAGUCUGCCCUUGCCCAUUUUACUCAAGGGAUCCUUCUAUUACGAUAUGCAUAAGAGGGAGAAAGAGGGACCCUCUGUCCCAGAGAGGAGGAGCGGCGGAAAGACUUCCUCAGUUUCUCAUCGCUAAAUAACACCCAUUAUAUAUGGUGUGAACCCUACACAACAUUGUCCAGAUUGCCCUCAGGCUACAUCCCCUAAUACCUUCUGUUUGCACUCUGGUGAUUACUGUUGGAUGUGGAGCUUUCCGCCAAUUUCAGUUUAUUACCUUGAAACCAGAAUAGAUGGCAGCCGGUAAGCCAUUGACAUUAGGACUAGUGAAGGCGCGCACCCCACUCCUGGCAUUGGUUGGCAGAAGAUGAAGAAGAGAGAGGGAGAAACUCAACUCUGCUGCCAUACUCAGUAUGCUGUCACCUCCAGCCUCUGCUUGCUGCUGUCCGUCACCAUUGUGGGGCUUCUUCCUUGUAUCACCUUGACUAUACCGUUGUGCCUGUACACCCACCAGUCCUCUUUCUGAUGAGUUGCUGCCAUCUUAAAAGACACAGCACCGAGGUUCAAGUGUUUUUCCGUGACGUCUUUCUCUUUCGUUUUCCUCACUUGCUUUGCUUACAGUGAAGAAAGAGGAAGAAGGAAAGCCGUCCUUUUUCUCCUCAUUUGAUCUUCUCCUCAUCUGUGUGCUGAUUCCGAUGCAGGUGGCGCCUGCGGCGGGCAUGAUCAGGCCCGGGCAGACAGUGGAGGUGUCCAUGCAGCACGAGGACCUGCAUACGCUGGAGGAGUUUGUCGACGGGGUCCUGCAGAACCGGUGGUACGAGGACCUCACCAGGGACAAGGAGGUGGUGCUGCUGGUGCAUGUCACCGGGGACCGCUCGACCGAGCGGCGCAGGCACCGCGUCACCGUCCGCCACUGCUUCUCCUCCCGGGCUAGCGGCGCCUCCUCCUCGAGGGGUCCCUCCCAGAGGACUCAGUCCAGCGUCCUCCACCGCUCAGACUUCCGCUACCUCGGCAGCUCCUCAGACAUCGUGGACGACUUCCACUACAUGCACGACUCCUGA